CCUCCAGUUCGGACUCUUCCUCCAUCUAACCCGAUGAUAUAUUCUUAUCAACCCGGACUUCGAUUGGUGUGUAAUAUGACGCACACGUCGCUCGGUUUCGGUCGGUCUUCCCUUGCCGUCUCCGAGCAGUCCCGAUCCCUCGGCGGCCGCUCCAUCGGCUCCAUUCGCUCCAGUCGCUCAUCGGCGUGCGGACAAAGUAGUAGCUCUCGCGUCUCUACGGUCGGUCUCUACCUCGUUUCCUCAUCUGUGUGUCUUUCAUCGAAGCGUAUCUUUCAAAAUACCAUGGCAUCUGUGUGCAUCAUCGGCUCCGGCAACUGGGGUUCAGCUAUCGCCAAAAUAGUUGGUGCAAAUGCGAAAAAACAGAGCAACUUUGCUGAUCGUGUUACCAUGUAUGUUUAUGAGGAGAUCAUCGAUGGUAAGAAGCUGACGGAAAUUAUCAACCAGACCCAUGAAAACGUCAAGUAUCUUCCAGGACAUAAGCUCCCCGAAAAUGUGAUUGCAAUUCCGGACGUAAUGGAAGCUGCGAAAGACGCAGAUAUACUUAUAUUCGUAGUUCCUCAUCAGUUCAUUCAAAGGAUAUGCAGCACGCUGCAAGGAAAAAUCAAACCCACCGCUGUCGGGCUGUCGUUGAUCAAGGGCUUCAACAAGAAAGAGGGUGGCGGUAUCGAACUUAUAUCUCACAUUAUUUCGAGACAAUUGCAAAUUCCUAUCUCAGUCCUGAUGGGCGCUAACUUGGCUUCCGAAGUAGCUAACGAGAUGUUUUGCGAGACUACUAUCGGUUGCAAGGACAAAGUGAUGGCACCAAUAUUUCGCAGCUUGAUCCAGACGUCAUAUUUUAGGGUGGUAGUCGUCGAGGACGUGGAUUCUGUGGAAUGUUGCGGAGCGUUGAAGAAUAUAGUUGCGUGCGGCGCUGGUUUCGUAGACGGGCUAGGUCUGGGUGAUAAUACGAAAGCUGCUGUAAUUAGGUUGGGUCUUAUGGAGAUGAUCAAGUUUGUCGACGUAUUUUUUCCGGGCGGGAAAUUGGCUACUUUUUUUGAAAGCUGUGGAGUGGCCGAUCUUAUCACGACGUGUUAUGGUGGACGCAAUAGAAAGGUCUCAGAAGCCUUCGUCAAGACUGGCAAGUCGAUCGAGACACUCGAGAAAGAGAUGCUGAACGGACAAAAACUGCAGGGUCCGUUUACAGCCGAAGAGGUUAGUUAUAUGCUUAAAUUGAAGAACAUGGAAAAUAGAUUCCCGUUGUUUACGGCAAUUCAUCGGAUUUGCAUUGGUGAGCUAAAACCGACGGAUUUAAUCGACUGCAUACGCAGCCAUCCAGAACACAUGGAUGAAGAUGCCUUGCCAUCGUCGAUAAUGCUCAAGUCAUCCAAAUGCCAUCUUUGAGGAUACCAGACAUCAUUUCCUCGAGAGAAGAUUGGUCGCCAUUGGAAAUCAACAUCCUAGAUCAUACGAAAAAGCGUGAUGCUAAUUCAGUGAUAUUGAAUUCAUUUAUUACUUUAAAGUGAAACGUGUUAAUUAUUAAGCUGGAGUUUUGUAGGGAGUUUUUAUUAUGAUAUUGGGAUACACAACUCGAUUCUGUCAACCCAAAUAUCAUUUUAUCCAUUUUCAUUCACCGAAUAUUGAACAAAAUAUAAAAGAUAUUCGGAGCUGACAGAGUCGAGUUUUAGAGCACCCUCUUGAUAAUUAGAAUAAUUCUUGCAAAUAUAGCAACUAUUCAUUAUAUUUUUUAUAUAUUUGCAGAGAUGUUAUUGAAUUCAGAAGUUCAUUUAUGUAAAAUAUUUAAGAGAAUAUUUAAAUUGUAAACGAAUAGAACGAAUUGAGGAGAUUUUACAAAAUGAUUAAUGUACCCAAUGUUCGAUGCAAUUAUGAUAAUUUUUAAAUUAUUAAAUAAUUCAUCUCAUUUUGAUUACUAA